GAGUGCCCGAAUGGGAUCGUCAACGAAGACACUUUCAAAGGCAUCUACUCCCAGUUCUUCCCACAAGGGGAUGCAACGGCCUAUGCACACUACGUCUUCAACACCUUUGACACCGAAAACCAGGGUUCCAUCAGUUUCGAG